GACGCUUAGCAAGGCUGCGUAACUCGGCUUUGAGGGGAACGCGUGCGUAACACCGACGAGAGCGCAGCGGCUCUUUCCGAGUCCGGAGAAAUGGGGCGGUCGGUUCCGUAUUCCCGAAGAGUAGUCCGUAGGGGCGCGUAAGCGGAGCAAGGAGUUAGAACCUUGUGGCCGUAUCAACAGCAACCGAGAGAAAAGAAGCCGCAACGGCCCCGUGAGCGCGUAGCGGACAAAGGAAGGCGAGCGAAGGGGUGGCGGAGGCGGGGCCAAGCGAGACCCAGCGCCAGCAACGCCGCAGCCGGCUGAGUCGGGAAGAUCUGCCGCUUUCAGCAGCAGCAACAGCAGCAGCACCAUGGACCACCCCGCCGUCCUCCAACUGCACUGCAGCGCCGUCCGCCUAAGCCGCACCUCCGGACCCGAUUUUCCCGCCCCACGGGCGCUAUGAGAACUCCGGCGGCACUCGGGCCCCGCGUUGUCGAGCGAGAGACGGAGUGACGAGGCAGGUAGGCAGGCAGGCAGGCAGGAAGGAAGGAAGGAGCCCGCUCCUCAGGCCGCCCCUCCCCCGCGCCCUUCCUGCCCCCGCCGCCUCUCCUCAUACGGCCCCGGCGGUUUGGCCGCCACUCUGUCAGAUUCUUUUUUUUUGCCUGCGGACGCGCCAUCCCUCGCGUCAUAUUCCUCCGCCGGGAAAUAGUCCGUCCCUUCUCUGUGUCUCCCCAGCGCUCCCACCCCGAGGAGGAAAAAAAAAAGAAAGGACCUCCUGGCCGUCGCCUUCUCACGUGACUGACUCGCUAGCUAGGAAGGAAGGAAGGCAGGAAGGCGAGCGAGCGAGGAAGGAAGGAAGGAAGAAAGGCGUAGCAUCGGAAAGCCGAGCGGUGCUGCUUCUCUUUCCUGCCCCUCGCAUCAGACAGGGGCGGGGAGUGACUGGAUUGUAGGGCUGGGCGGAGGCGGCCGCGAGCCCAGGCGCUGCCGCUGUUACUGCUCCUAGGAAUGAAGAGGAUGGUGGCCUGCUUGCGAUAAAGCGAAGCGGAAAAGGGGCUGGGAGAGACUAAAAGGGGGGCGCCCUCCUUUCAGGGUGGGGGCCCCGAUCUUUACACUCUGCUUUUCUAUUCUUCGCUGAGAGCACGAAACGGAGCAGAGAAAAGGAAGAGAAAUCAGAGGAGGAGAAAGUCGAUCCGAUAGGGAGGAAAAGCUAACAGCUAACAACCAUGUCAGGGCGCCCGAGAACCACCUCCUUUGCAGAAAGCUGCAAACCGGUGCAGCAGCCUUCAGCCUUUGGCAGCAUGAAAGUUAGCAGAGACAAAGAUGGCAGCAAAGUGACUACAGUGGUAGCAACUCCCGGACAAGGUCCAGAUAGGCCACAAGAAGUUAGUUAUACAGACACUAAAGUGAUCGGGAAUGGAUCUUUUGGUGUUGUUUAUCAAGCCAAACUCUGUGACUCAGGAGAGCUGGUUGCCAUUAAAAAAGUUCUGCAAGACAAGAGAUUUAAGAAUCGAGAGCUUCAAAUCAUGAGAAAGCUUGAUCAUUGUAACAUUGUCAGAUUACGUUAUUUCUUUUACUCCAGUGGAGAGAAGAAAGAUGAGGUAUAUCUUAAUUUGGUGUUGGACUAUGUUCCUGAGACAGUAUACAGAGUGGCAAGGCAUUAUAGUAGAGCCAAACAGACACUCCCUAUGAUAUUUGUGAAGUUAUAUAUGUAUCAAUUAUUCCGAAGUUUAGCCUAUAUCCAUUCCUUUGGAAUAUGUCAUCGGGAUAUAAAACCACAGAAUCUUUUGUUGGACCCUGACACAGCUGUUCUAAAACUUUGUGAUUUUGGAAGUGCAAAGCAGCUAGUUCGUGGAGAGCCUAAUGUCUCUUACAUCUGCUCUCGAUAUUACAGAGCACCGGAGUUAAUUUUUGGAGCCACAGAUUAUACUUCUAGUAUAGAUGUUUGGUCGGCAGGUUGUGUGUUGGCAGAAUUAUUAUUAGGACAGCCAAUUUUCCCAGGAGAUAGUGGUGUAGAUCAGUUGGUGGAAAUAAUUAAGGUCCUUGGAACUCCCACAAGAGAACAAAUUAGAGAAAUGAAUCCAAACUAUACAGAAUUUAAAUUUCCUCAGAUUAAAGCACAUCCAUGGACUAAGGACUCGUCAGGAACAGGACAUUUCACCUCAGGAGUACGGGUCUAUAAAGCAAUUGCCGCUCUUGGAAUGAAAGAAUUAGGAGAACAGCUGAGAGUGCCUCAUCACUCUCCUGGCUUAAGUUAUAAGGUCUUCCGACCCCGCACUCCACCAGAAGCAAUAGCUCUAUGUAGCCGUCUGUUGGAAUAUACCCCAACUGCCCGCCUGACUCCACUGGAAGCAUGUGCACAUUCUUUCUUUGAUGAAUUACGGGACCCGAACAUCAAAUUGCCAAGUGGUCGCGAGAAACCUGCACUCUUUAACUUCACUACUCAAGAAUUGUCAAGCAAUCCAGCUCUGGCUUCAAUCCUCAUACCUGCUCAUGCUCGAAAUCAAGCCGCUGUUUCAACUCCUACCAAUACUACAGCAGCCUCAGAUGCCAGUGCAGGUGAUCGAGUUCAGACCAAUAAUGUAGCUUCAACAUCAGCUUCCAACUCCACCUGAACUGAUCUCAAGCAGCAGCUUGUACAGGAACAAUCGCCAGUAAUUUUGAGUCUUACUCAGCAAUACUGGUCAUAUUUGGAAAGAAAAUGUAAAAAGAAGGGGAAAAACUGUUCAUUAUAGUGUUGGAUUUUUAAAAAUUGUUGUUCUUAUUUAACCUUGUAAAAAAACCAGUUUCAUUGUAUGCUCACUCUGCAGGCUCUUUGGGGCAGGGGAAUAAGUGGGGUGGGAAAAGGGAAAUGGAUUAUUAGAGCACCAAUUUCUCGUCCCAUGACAAUCUUCUAAUUUCAGAUAAUUGCUGUUGUGUACUUUAGAAUCAGGAAUCUUAUCUGACGCCCUCCAACAAUCACCGCCAUCACCAGAAAAAAGGAAAGAAAGAAACCCCUCAUUCUGCUGAAGCCUUGUAUUUUUAAGUGAUGUUUCAAUUUUUGGUGUAGUGCACAACUUGAAUUUGGUUAGGAGUUUAACAGAAGUUGCUCAUCUUGAGUAUUAUUUGCUGGAAUUAAAUGUUUUCGUGUUAGGUGAGGAGGAAGAACAAGAUGAAGUGCUACAAUAUGCUGAGUUGCCAAAGGGAACUAUGAAGGAGGAGGGAAGUUACAGUGUGGGGAAAAAAGCUUGAAAUAAUAAGGAACAAAUCACCUUAAAUUUCAUUUGCCUCUGAAGAAUUCUGCAGAUAUACACUAUUGGCUUGAAUGUACCUAUUCCAAUGUUUUAGAAGUUGGAUAUUAAAAAAAUCUGGAAACCAUAGAAGAAAGCAUGACUAAUCAUAUCCACACCUCAGUAGAUGGGAGUAGAUGCGCAUAUCCCUCCAUGUGCAAAAAAUAGAAAAAUCCUCCUGCAUUGUGUUCAUUCAUUUUGAUUCUAAUUUCUUUCUUGAAGAAGAACACUGGGGAAAAGAUCCAAGGAUAUAAUGUGAAUGGACAUAUUAUUUUCAUAGCAUACAGUGUUUUUAAGUUGUUAGAUUUAUUUAACAAGUAGAUUUAAAUCCUGGUUUAUAUUUAAAUUCACCUUUUUCAGCUUCUUCUUUUCUAACCUUUGUUUACUCGUUUUCAGAAGUUGUUUUUGUCACAAUGGAGAAUAUUAAAUCUCUAAACAAAUAGAUUACUUGCUCUAGGUGUCCUGUGUGUGUGUGUAUGUAUUGUGUUAUAUACAUGUACACACAAGCAUUCAUGCAUAUACAUAGCGCUACCUUUUAUUUUUUACAUCCAGAAGCAGAACUGCCUGUUUCCUAUGUCUUUGUUCUGGACAGUUAAAUUGUGGCCAAAGGUCUCUGUGACAUGAAAGCAAUAUGCCUUGAAACAGUUUGAGAAACAAUGUCAUUACUAAUGCAUGAAGCACUAAUGGGUUCUUGUGACUAGCUUCCUCUUUGAUUUGAUAGCUGUACUUAUUUAGCUUUACAUCGGAUUCACAUUACCUUGCAAUAUCUUUCAUUGGUGAACCUUUUGAAAUUAGAUUUGGACCAAGAAGAGCAAGUAGUUUAUAUUCAUUUCUUAGGUGUGAAGUCAUUGAGAGAAGAGAAGUAGGGUCUCAAAUGGAGAAUGGGGCAUGCCCAGAAAAGAGUGGUGGCUUCUCUUAAAAAAAAUCAGAUGACUUUAAAGACCACACAAAUCAUAACUUAAACUAUUUUUAAGAGCCACGAGUCAGGAAGCUAUCUUUCAAAAACUAAAGCUGACUAGAAAAGAAUCCAUAAUGGAUGGGAGGCCUGGAAGACUCUCUUGCUGAAUGGCUUGAGCCCACCGGCAUCUUCCAUGUUGGAUGUGCAGACAUCAUAGUCAAAGCUCAGUUUUGUGGUCUGAAUUCAGAAAGAGAUCAUCUUAGGAGGUUUUGUAUUAUUUUCAUUGGUUUAAAUAAUAGGAGAGAAUAAUUAAAAGCUUUAACACUUUUUUUAGUGUGUGUGUGUGUGUGUGUGUGUGUGUGUGUGUGUGUGUGUGUGUGUGUAAAAACUAGGAUCCUGAUUUUUUUUCCCUAAGGAUCAUGACAGACCUGCAAGCAAAAUUUUAUAUAAAUCUAGAUCCAGGUGUUUCAGUAUCAUUUUUUGUAAAUAAACUGACAAAAGCUCCUCACCAAAUUCAAGUUUGUACAUUAGUUCUUAAACUUUUAAGUUGUAUUGCUUUAUAUGUAAAUACGUGGACACAGGAACUGUUAUUAAUGAACAAAUGUUACCAUUCAGGGCAGUUAAUUUGUUUUAAUAAUCAGACAAAAUGUAGACAAGCUUUUUAAAGCCAUAUAAUUCUAACUAUGUACAGUAGAUAACUGGUCUGUAUUAUUGUAACAAUAACUCUAGCAAUGUAUAGUGUAUCUAUAUAGUUUGGAGUGCCUUUGCUUCCAUUAUUUUUUUUCUUCCUUUUUGUAACAGAAGCCUCAUAUGUGCAGAUACGCUUUCCUUUUUUCAGCCAUUUCAUGGUCAGUAGCAGCGUUAAAAGAAAAUGUGUCCAAACAUUCAUGGCUGUGCUCGUCCUGCUGAAUCGAUAGCAACGAGUUACGGCUCAGCAGCAUCAGAAUAGCCACCAUUUUCCCAGUAUUUUUGCUCACUUAUUUAAACAUAUCCCCACUGUAACCGGUUUCAUUAUAUAGAUAACACCUUGGUAUCUAAAAUGACAGGUUUAUCUUUUACAGAUUCUUGCCCAAUAUGUUCUUCAGUAGGUCUUGUUGGAUCACUGCUGCUUAGAGCUUUUGCUUAGCCAUGUUGUUCAUUCAGAGACAGAAUUGGAGAUUGUAAAAUAAGUAAGCAACUGUAACUGGGGAGGGAAGAACUGGGAUCACAUAUAUACACUUGUAUAUUUUAGAUCUAAAAAACUUGCAAGCCUUUUUGGACAGAAAGUAAGUUGUGGUAUUAAGUGUCUAUUAACAUAGAUUAGCACCUCCAUUCUCAUUUACUUGCCAAUUUUUUUAUAAAUGUUAAUUUUUGUGCUCCGCACAAGGGCCUUGAUUUUAAAACUCUGCUCAUAUAUAUUCAACUUGUUAAUAUUCUACAUGAGGUUUUUUUAAUGGCAAAAUGCUGAACUUUUUAUCAAACCAAAGGUUGCUUUUUAAAAAGCUUUUUGUAACCAUCUUCUGUUCAUUCCAAUAAAACAGAGGAUGCCAUUUUUCUGGUGACAUAAAGGUCAGUGAAAGUAUUUUGUUUCUGACAGUCCACUUGGAAUUUAAAUUUUAUGGUUUAUUUUAAAUGAAGUACCGUAUAGUCUCUCAAUCUAUCCUUAGUCUGUGUUGCAGUUGUGCAUAAUCCUAAAAUGGCAUUAAUGGUAUUCUCUGUGUCAUUGACUGAAAAUCAGAAAAAAGGCACUAGUAAUCUUAAUUUGAAGUAUGUCCUUUCAAACAAUGUUAUGGAUUUUUAAAAACAGAUUAUUUUAAUGUCAUUUAGCUGGUGCUUGAACAAGCUUCCUUCUAUGAAUAAGUCAAGAAAUAGUUGAUGUCUUUAAUUAGUGUUAAUUUGAAACAAUCCCAAAUUAAAAACGUUAUCAGCAUUUUUCUCCAUUAAAUAUCUUCGCCUCUAGAGAUCAAAACCAGUAAUAAAAAGCACAGUUUGUUGUCUAGCCCAGGACUGAUAUUUUUCAGAUGUGCUCAUCAGAACUCCUUUUAAUUCUUAAUAUUUCUACAGGAACUAAUUCCUUGCUUCAUUUUGCAACAAGGCAAUAAAAGCAAAAUGCCUGGUACCUAAAGGGUUAGCUUGAGAUAUGUCUCUUCCUAGUGUUGUUUGUUCUUGGUUUUUUGGGAAAAAACACAAAAAACCAUUUAUAUAUAUAUAAAUGCUUGCUUGUAAAAUUUGCAUUUGUUACUAUGUUGCUGAUCACUUGGGCUUGUACACACAAUUAACGUGAUCACUUUCAUCUUAAAAGCAGAGUUCUAAAUAUAUAUAUAAUGGACUGUGGGUUGUAUACAAACUAUUGCAUACACACGCAAAGCUGUCUUGAUUCAAAGAAGCAAAACAUGUAUAACGUUAUUACUACUUGAAUGCCUCUGUGACUGAUUACUUUUUCAUUUUAAGUAUAAACUUUUUGUGGUAUGUAUGCUUAAUGUUCAUUAUUUUAUCUCCUCCCUUCGGCUCCUUUGUAAAUACAUUAUGUUCUGUGUGACUUGGUUCAGAAAUAGUUAACUGGUACUGUAAUUUGCAUUAAAUAAAAUGUAGGUUAGCCUGGUCAUGAAAUUUAAAAA